UUGAGCACGAGUUCUUGCUCCUGCUCCCGCCUAGCCUUCCCGGACAAGCUAUGGCCGAAGCGGAGGCCGAGGAGAACGGCGAAGACGGCGACAUCUUCCGGGAGCCUUUGGCUUCAUCUCCGGGUCGGACCGCAGUUUGCGUCCCCCCGGCGGGAAGUGUGGAAGCGGCCCCAGUGCUGUUGGGAGAGGCCGAAUCCCUGCAGCCCGCCUAUUUCUCCCCCGCAGCUCCCCUCGCGCCCGAGGAUCUCCAGCGGGUUCUGGAGCAAGUGAGGAAAGCACCGCCGCCGCCUCCUCCAAGACCCCCCGGAACUGCGGGCCUCGGGCCACGCGGGAGCUGCAGCUUCAGCGUUGUGCACGAUGCGGCCCGACGUCUGCAAGACGCGGCCCAGCAGGUAGCUCAGCACUGGGGUCCCGACCUUCCGCCGCCGCCGCCUCGGCUUCUGCAGCCCAAGGAACUAGAAGCCAUUCGUGUCAAGGUAAAAUCUGGGGAAAGGCCAAUGCCACCUCUUGCAGCAAUCCGGCCCAAAACGAUAACUUUGAGCCAGCCAUUCAACGGGAAUACAGAUUUAUUAGGAUUAAGUGUUGUUAAUCCUUCGAUUAUUCGGAUACAGCCUCUUAUGAGAACUGAACAACAGACUUUGGUAAAUACUUUACCUCCACCACCUCUUCAGCUUCUUGUACAGAGACCACUGCCUCCUCUUGCACCAGUUUCUGUAGAGAAGUUUAUGGGACACAAAGUGCUGAAUGGACAGAGAACCACAUUUGUUCCUUUGUCUGCCUCUAACACUUCCACAAUUCCAUCAGCAUCAGUUACAGCCAGUUCAGCAGGUUUACUUAUUUCCACGCCUGAGAAUGAGUGCACUGAGAAGAUCAAAAAAUCUAUAAAAGUAAAAACCCGUUCAGGGCGAAUUUCACGACCACCAAAAUAUAAAGCUAAAGACUACAAGUUCAUCAAAACUGAAGAUUUAGCUGAUGGGCACCAGUCAGAUUCUGAUGACUAUUCAGAACUUAAUGUGGAAGAGGAAGAUGAUAAGAAGGGGAAAGAUACAUUAUUUAAUUCUUCAAGUGAUUACUUGAAGCCUAAAACUUUUAAGUGUCAGACUUGUGAAAAGUCAUAUAUAGGACAAGGAGGACUAGCACGACAUUAUAAGCUUAAUCCAGAUCACGGGCAACUGGAACCUAAAGUAUUGAUAUCUAAUAAGCCUGAUGGAAGAGGAGAAGUAGGAAGUGCCACUAUAAAUAAAACGACUCCUGAACCAUCAGUCCCAGCUGCUUUAAAUAGUGAAAGUACACUGGCUCCAUGCAUGGCAGAGCAAGAUUCAACAUGGAACGGGCAACAGAACUGUGAUUCUAAAGAAGUUGGGACAUUACUGGAGUCAGACCAAAAAAAUGGAUUUCGCUUAGCUUGUUGGGGAUCCAGGAAGACCAGAGGAUCAAAAAGAAAAAAGCUAAAGGCAUCUGCAAAGUCAGGUUGUUCAGGCAAACACAGCAAUUCAGUUCAACUUACUUCAUGCACAGGUGUAGCAAUAGAACAAAAUAAAAUGAGGAAUAAAGCAAGGCUCAAAGAGUUGCUCCAGCAGUGUGACCAUGAAGAUUUAAUGGAACUGGUUCUACCACGUCUAACCAAGCUUGUAACUGUCUAUGAAUUUCUUCUCAUGAAGGUUGAAAAGAAUCACCCAGCAAAGCCUUUUUUCCCAGAUGUAUAUAAAGAAUUUGAAGAGUUGCAUAAGAUGGUUAAGAAAAUGUGUCAAGAUUACUUCAGUAACUCUGUUCUGAGUUCUCAGCAACCCCUGGAAAUAAAAAAUAAUGAGGUUGCUGAGUCACUAGGUAUUACAGAAGAGUUUCUACAGAAGGAAGAACUAAAAAAGAAUGACAUUUCCCCCCAAAAUGUACUCAGUGCUAUUGAAGCAGGACUAGGUGAAGUUACUAGACAGAAAAGAGAAAACGAGAUACUUGAGGUGCCGCUACCAGUCAAAAGAACCAGGAUAGAAAGUGGAUCCAAGAACAUGAAGGAUAAUUAUGCUAGUCACAACGGACUCCAGGAGAAAACCAUUCUUUUGUGUAGCCAAGUUAACACUGAAGGUUUGAAGCUCCAUCUUAAUAGGACCACUUCUCAGUCUUCAGAAAAAAUUUAUAAUAUGGCAGUCGAUUUUGGAAGUCAAAUAUUACAGAAUGGCCAGCUGCCUAAAGCAGUUGCUGAGGUAGAAGGCAAGAAUGAGCCACCUAAAGCAUUUGCUGAUGAAAGCAAGAAUGACCCUGCAAGUUCUGUCAUCCUAUACCAGGCUGUUAAAGAAACACAAACCUAUUCCCAGUUGGAAAAUCCAGGUAGCCUGCUUCAAGAACAAACAGAGUUGCUCCCUGAAUAUUCAGUUCAUGAUCACCCUCCUGACCAGAAUACUUCUGACAAAUCUGCCAUUUCUGAUUUCUGUUGUACUGUGUUAUCUGAAAAAGAUUCCUGUUGGUCUGGGCAUGAAAUUCAUAACAGAAGAGAGAAUGAGGAUUGUAAAUCUCAUCAGGAAUUUUUUAAUCCAGAGAAUGAGAUUCAUGAGCUAACAUCAAAGCCUGAAAAGAUUUUGUCAACAGAUGUGCCCACAGACAACUCAUGCCAAACUUCUUUGGAAUCACAACAUCACUCUUUACUAGAAGCAUCUAUGUCCACUGAGAGCAUACUUGAAAAUGCUUCUGAAAAUUUACAUCAAUUCCCCGAGUCAUUACAGGAUGUCCAAAUGGAACAGGAGAGUGCAAUUGCUGUAGAUAACACAGUGGCCUUUGAAAUUGCUAAUGAAAGCCAGGAAUUGUCUCAGGAACAAGAACAGAUUUUUAUUCAAACUUCAGAUGGGCUUAUCUUGUCUCAUCCAGGUACAGUUGUGUCUGAGGCUAAUGACAUUGUUAUAGUAACAGAUGUCGAUGGUAAUACAGUGCAUAUCAGUACAUCUGAUGGACUUCCUUUAGAAACAUUGGAAGCAUUGCUGGCCGUAGAAAGAGAGCCAGAGUGAAAACAUUUUGAACUCUCAUAAUUAAUAGUAUCAGAACCAUAGUUUUACAUUUAUAUGUAAUUGUCUUAAGAGAUUGUUUCACCAAAUGUAUAUUUUUCUAAUGUGAAUAUUGAAAUAGGUGGGCCUUUUAACUUAUUUAUAAAGAAUUAUUUUGUUUCUACAAUGAAAUGUAUUUUUUUUUUUUAAAUAUACAUCUCGUCUGAAUUGAAAAUAGCUAAGUAUAACCAAAAAACUGUUGGUUUUUAAUUUAAAACCUCAUUUUAAAAACAUCUUUUAAAAUCUCAAGAGCUAUUGGUGAAUGUGAAAACUGUAUUUUCACUUGUUUUGUGCAAACCCUUUACAAUUCUCUCAUUCUCCUUCCGCCUCCCAAAAUGUAAUUUGCUUUACUGAACUUCUUGAAGGAUAUAUUAAAAUUUCCUUGGGAGAUAAAUAGAAUAUCACCAUUACUGUCCUAUUUUUAAAAGAGAGGAGAUUAAAGAACUGAGAUUUUUAGUAACUUCUUUAUAGUCUAUUUCAAGAAAGAAUCAGGUGAUACAUAGUCAAAUCUUACUGGGCUUCAGUUUCCUCAUCUGGGAAAACAAAGAGGCUCUUUACUUUGAAAAUCCUUCAAAUUCAAGGAUUUGUUUUUUUAAGUUUUUAUAGGUUUUUAAAAAUGGAACUUGCCCUAUUCUUCAAUGAAAACUAAUAAUUCUAAUAGUCCAUGGGAGGAAUAAAGAAAAUUUUUUUUACCUAGUCCUUUGUGUCCCACAAAGGGAAAUUUAAAUGAAACUAUUAGAAUUAUAAAAAGUAGCAUCUAAUCAAGUGCCAAAAUACAUGAUAUAAACUAUCAUAGUAUUUAUCUUGUAAAUGUAAUAUUGGUUUAUCUCAUUUGAUUUUCACAGUAACCUUUUCUCAGAGAACUGAGACAGAUGUUACAGGGCAUAGUUUCCAGAGUCAAGACUAGUACUCAAAUUUCUCGGUGCUUUUACCUUCUAAUACAGUAUUUUGUUACAUACAUUUUCUUUACGCUGCUGCCAUUUCCCAAUAUUCAUGUGCUACUCCCCCCUUCCCCACAACUAAGUGUUUCAUUAUCAAUUUUCAGAAUUUAAAAUUGAGCAUUACAUUUUUCUGAAAACUGAUAUCUUUUAGCAUUUCUCUUUUUAGCAUUGUGUAGCAUUGUAUUUUUACCUAGAUCUAUUCUUCUUUGGUCAGUAAAAGCCCUCUCAAGUUAAUUUGAAUUCUUACAUCUCAUUGCAUUCAUAUGCCAGUUUAUUCAGCUAUUUCCUAGUUUAUGGGAAUCGUUUUUUUCUUCUACCUUCUUUUUGACCCCACUAAAAGUGUUACUAGAUUUAAUUUCAUUUAUACGAGACCUUUAUCUUUGUCUUUGACAUCUUUUUUAAGUUAUACACCCAAUUCUGAAGUUGUUUCCCUCUCUUUUAAAGUGUCUUUAUUGAAAGCUUUUUAAUUAUCACUGUCACUUCACAAUAAUGCUCCCUAACCCUGGUGAUAACCUCUGGCGUGUAAACUCACUUUGAAUAGAUUUUUUUUCUUUGUAGUUGUAUCUCCAAUGCCUGAUGUCACACUGAGCACUUAUUAAGUGAAACUUAACUGAAAACAAGUAAGUAUAGUCAAAGAAAAUAUUACCACACUGACCCUGGGUAAAUGCCAGUAUAUCUCUCUCUGUCUCUUACUUCUGGUGACAAAAGGGAAAUAUGACUUCUUUUGAAUCUACAAAUGGUGACUACAUUGAUCAGAAUUCUGAAAUGAUUUUUAAUUUUCCCUUAUAUAGAUAGUCUUCCUAGCUCUGAUAUAUUGUGCUUCAGGUCAUUAAAGCUUUCCUUAAGUUUUCAUACUUUUUGUUACAUACAAUAAUUACAUUCAUAUACCAUAUAUAUCAUAUAGUAAGUGGAUAUCUACUUAUCUUCCAUUUCAUUAAAAUUUCUUAAAAUUUAUACUUUUAUUUAUUUCUAAAUUUAUCCUCCCUCUUACUACCCAGUCAAGACUCCCUUGUAACAGAUGUUAAAAAAAAAAAAAAGAUUGAAACAAAGGCAGCCAUCACAUCAACGCCUUUUGAUAUGUUCAAUAUUCUAUAUCCACAAUCUUCUAUCUCUAAUAAAAAGAUCCAGUUUUCUAAUUCUUACUCUGGGUUUAAGCUUCAUUAAUAAAUUAAAUAUAUAAAACAUUCAGAA